AUGUUGUUGCGAGCCGGCGCAGUGUCCUGCUGGGUAGGCCCUUGGGGCCAGGCAAUGGAGGCCUCUGGCAGCCACUCGGCUGCCGCCGCCGCCUCGGUCUCCCCGCCGGUGGACUUUGUGCUGGGGGCCGCGGCCUGCUGCCUGGCCUGUGUGUUCACCAACCCACUGGAGGUGGUCAAGACCCGUCUGCAGCUGCAAGGGGAGCUGUGCCCGCGGGGCACCUACCCUCGCCACUACCGGGGGGUGCUGCAGGCCAUGGUGGCGGUGGGGCAGGCCGACGGGCUGCGGGGGCUGCAGAAGGGACUCACGGCUGGACUGCUGUACCAGGGCCUGAUGAACGGGGUGCGCUUCUGGUUCUAUUCCCACGCGGAGGACGUCGGCUUGACCCAGCAGCCGGGGGGCACGGUCGUGGCGGGGGCCGGGGCUGGGGCCCUGGGAGCCUUCGUGGCCAGCCCGGCCUACCUGGUCAAGACGCAUCUCCAAGCCCAGACGGUGGCAGCCUUUGCCGUGGGCCACCAGCAUAACCACCAGAGCGUCUCCGGGGCCUUUGAGACCAUCUACAAGAAGCAAGGGCUGCUGGGAUUGUGGCGGGGGGUGAAUGGCGCCGUGCCUCGUGUCAUGGUGGGCUCUGCGGUGCAGCUGGCCACCUUUGCCUCUGCCAAGGAGUGGGUCAGGAAGCACCAGUGGUUCCCAGAGGGCAGCUGGAUGGUGGCCCUCAGCAGCGGCAUGAUCAGCAGCGUGGCCGUGGCCGUGGCCAUGACCCCCUUUGAUGUGGUGAGCACCAGACUGUACAACCAGCCAGUGGAUGAGAUGGGCAAGGGCAAACACUACCGGGGGUUCCUGGACUGCUUCGUGCAGAUCGUGGGGAAGGAGAGCUUCCUGGCCCUCUACAAAGGCCUGGGCCCAGCUUACCUGCGCCUGGGGCCCCACACCACCCUGAGCCUCCUCUUCUGGGAUGAGCUGAGGCAGUUCACCCGACAGCACCAGGGAACCUGAAG